GGUUGGAGGUCAGAAGAUGCCAACGCUGCAAUGGAAAAACAGUUCGACCUCAUUGAUUGCGCCAUCAAUGAGCUUGUAGUCUCGACUGGCAUGCCAACGCAGCAAGUUUUGAAUCUAUUUCUCAAGUCUCGUGGCCGCGUCAAUAAUGGAACAAAUCACUGGAACAUCUACGGGCAAUACUUCAAAGCCCACCGCCUGCGCGAGCUACAGCGAGCUGGCAAAGAUGCGAAUAUUAUCAUCACAUCGACCAUCCAAGGCGAAUGUUAUAGGUCCUUCCAGGACGCAUAUCCUGAGGAUUGGCAAGACAUUCUCGACACAUUUGACGAGACACGGAUCGCUUCAGGCCCGCCUCUGACUGUUGCACAGCGGUCACAAGAAUUCACGAGGUUGACAAAGAAAGUGACAUCCAUG